AUGGAUGUACGAUCAUUGUUGGGGUCAUCGUUGGUUCCGGAAUCUUCGUCAGUCCUAAAGGCUUUUGGCCCAAUGCCAGCAUUUCUGUUCCUCUGGAUGGCACUAAUUAUCAUCAAUCCAACGUCAAAUGCCAUCAUUGCUCUCACUUUUGCCAACUACGCGCUGAAGCCGUUCUUCCCCAAUUGCGCAGUGCCUCCACUUGCUGUGGAUUUGCUGGCCGCGUCUACAAUAGGUAAUACUGAAUACUUUCAAAUGCCUGACGUGCUCAGUGGAAGCCAAACUAAAGUUUCCUCACUGACUUUGGCUUUCUACUCGGGCGUUUUUUCGUUCUCCGGUUAUAGCUAUUUGAAUUUCGUCACAGAAGAGCUCAAGGAGCCCUACAGAAAUUUACCUCGGAGCAAUCCUACAUUCAUUGCCAAGUGUAACCCUGAAUAUAUAACUUGUAAUAUGGCGUACUUUGCUGUACUUUCCGUUGAUGAGAUCCUCGAGUGCAGGAUGCGUGCGGAUAACGUUCGCUGGAAGGUGGAUGGGGCCAUUGCUGCCUCUGAUGCUCAUUUUUGUUGUCGCCUGCUUCAUGCUUGGAAAUCUGAACGGCAUUCUUUUCACGUUUUUCCCGUCCCACGAAUGUUUUUGCUGGUGCACGCUGAAGAAGGUCAACUGCCAGAAAUGUUGUCGAUGAUCUCUAUCGACUACCUCACACCUCUACCGUCGCUGCUCUUCCUUGGAGUUGCCUCAAUUGUGAUGCUUUUCGCCGGAGAUGUGCUGACGGCGGUUAUAAAUAAAUUAUUGUGCGUUUUCGAGAGUCCUCGUUGUAGCGAUAUCGGUAGCCGGCCUGGUGAAAAUGCGUUUCUCACAACCAGCGGCGAAGACACCAAUCAAGCUGAAUAUAUUCAUUCCACUAGUAUUUCUCUUUUUCUGCUGCCUGUUUCUGGUGUUACCGUUCCUCUCCCAACCACUCGAAUUGAUAGUUGGCGUGGCGAUGAUUCUGUCAGGCGUACCAGUGUACUUCAUAUUCGUGAAAAGUACGCAAAAUAG